GCGCAUACGUAUUUGUGUUACAGGGAUUCUAUUCGGUUUUUGAAAAAAGUAUUUAUCCUUAUCAGGGAACAUUAUUUUUCCUUGUCAAAUAAAUAAUUAGCUUCUAAGAUCUUGAGUCUUAUUUAAAAUUAGAAUCAGUGUUAAUAACAAUAAACGAUUGUACAGAAGUCGAAGCACAUUCCGAAAGUUAUACCUAACCUUUACUUGUAAACCUUGAACUGCAACUGCAACACGAGUGAUUGCAAUGUGAAUGAAAUCAAAAAAAUCUUGUAAUAUGCAGGUUUAAUCUCUAAUUUGUGGUGCAUAUAGAGAAAUUAAUUUGACGGCUUUUUAUUGUUGAGGAAAGAGACUAACAAUUUGUGAUUAGGGCAUAGCUUCUGUGAAGUUACGGAAAGUUGUCAAAAUUGGUUGCAUGUAAUCUGCAUGCAAUUAAUUUUUCGAUCAAGAAGAGGACGACAAAAUGCCAAAAAUUAAAACGAAACUAUCUAUAAAUAAUAUGUGGUUGAGACAGCGAGAACUUGGCAUAAGCCAACCGCUCGGUCACAAUGAUCGUUUUCACAAAACUUUAUAUUCGUCUAUUCAGUCUGUUACUUCUUGGGAUCAUAAUGAAAAUCUCUAUAGUGCGAUUCACGGCGGGGUUUUCAACUUGGAAUACUCUCCUGAUGGAUCGCUUUUGCUAGCUGCGUGUGAAAAGAAAAGCGUUUUAAUGUUUGAUCCCUUAACUCGACGACUGAUUCGUGCUAUUGAUAAUGCUCACGGAGAUUGUGUCAAUUGCGUAAGAUUUCUGGAUCAACGGAUAUUUGCGACUUGUUCCGACGACAGCACAGUAGCACUUUGGGAUUCUAGGAAUUUAAAACAAAGAAUUAGAACUCUUCAAGGUCAUUCAAAUUGGGUAAAAAAUAUAGAAUACUGUCCCAAUGAUGGUUUACUAUUGACGAGCGGUUUCGAUGGCAGUAUUUAUACCUGGGAUAUAAACAGUAGUUUUACAGAGAAUAGCUGUCUAUAUACUAGAGUAUUCCAUACAAAUGGACUGAUGAGAACGAGAUUAAGUCCUGACGCUAGUAAAAUGCUCAUUUGCACAACUUCUGGUUAUCUAAUUAUAAUACACGAUCUCAAACUGAGUACUUUAACAGCCGACCUUCGAGGAUUUAAGCCAAACAUGUAUCGACUAAUGCAACAAUCACAGACAACCAUUCCAAUGGCUGCAAACUUCACUCAUCUUUUUUCUCAUAAGCGCAAACAUAAUCGAGUCGAAUUCUUGACCGAUUUUCCGGACGGCAAUGAUGCCGAAGUGAUAUCUAGUUUACAAGUUCAUCCGCAGGGAUGGUGUGCAUUGUCACGGAAUAUUAGCGCUGGAGAAAAAUCUGAGUGGACAUGCGUGCACGAUAUUCAGGAACGCGAUAUGACUGAAGUUUUCGAGCUGCUGAAAGAAGCUGGAGAAAAAGCCAGCCACUUAAACGACAUGCCCGAGGAAUCAGACGAGUCACAACAACCCCUGCAGCCCUCACGUUCCGGAAUAACCUCGACAUUUUUAAUCGAUCGAGCCAAUCGUGGCCGAAAUUCACAAGCGGGGUCCGAGGCAAGGUCCAGUUCUUUCGUGAGAACCGACGUGACCCAACCCGUUUUUCCAUCAAGGACCAACAACUGGCAGGAAGGAACACGACGGAGUUUGCGUCUCCAAUCACGAAAUUCGCGCUCCCAGCGAAACUCGAGCAAUAAUUUCACCGUGAUUGACAUCGGUUCGAGGAGUCAAACCGCAGAAUCCAGUGACGGCACUGAAAGACAGGACGAUGCAUUCAAUGAAGAAAGCGAGGAGGCAACGUCCCGGGGCGAGAGUUCAGCCCGAGACGAGGAACGUCAGCGACUGGGUGUCCAGUUGAAUGAAUUGCGACGAAGAGAUCUGAUCGACAAUCGGAAUUUUUCCACGGGAAAUGUGGAGUUGCAUGUCAGCUCGGCUGAUGUCUGGGAAGCUUUGGUCGCCUUCCGGGAGACGAGAUCGCGACGAGAGCGUGGUCGGGAGAUUCACUCUUCGAAUGAAUGGCGGGAUUGGAUGGCCUCGCGAACUAGCAACGCGAUCAGCGUAAAUCUGCCGAGAUCAUCGUACACGGUUGUCAUCACCGGCGAGAAUCGAAUUCGAGCGCCAAGUCAGACUAGUCAAACUCAUCAGCCGAUGUACGCCCUCACGAGGAAUGAGAAUAUUCAUCAGAAUAUUCCGAGACUGACGCACUAUAUUGAGGAGCCGAAUGUUGGGUCGGGUUAUAUCAAAGAAUUGUGUUUCUCCGCCGACGGACGAGUGAUCUGCUCGCCUUUUGGCUAUGGCGUUCGACUUUUAGCCUUUUCGAAUGAAUGCCAGGAAUUGUCGGACUGUGUGCCGUCCUUCAAUGAAUCGGUGCAACUUCAUGAAUUGGCGACUAAUGCUAGUCACGCGGAUAUUGUAGUGAGUACGAAAUUUUCGCCAAGACACUGCCUUCUCGUUUCGGGAUGUUUAAGUGGGAGGAUAGUCUGGCAUCAGCCAGUAGUUUAAUUAUGAUGAACUGACUCGUGGAGUUGAGUUUAUUACACAAAAAGCGAUCUGUUUUUUCUUCUUCUUCUUCUUCUUUUUCCCACGAAGGCGUUAUAUUUGCAGGUCUCACAGCCUGGUGCGAACUUGCUCGAUAUUUUUGUAAGUUAUUCCCGAUUUUCAGUUGUAAGUGUAGGUUUUUAAAAAAUCUGCACUGGAAUCGAAACUGAAGAAAGAUUGGUCUUACUUUUGUGAAAGUCUGAAGACACUUUUUUUAGUAUUGAAUUUAUUGAGAUUGAAGUUUACUUUGGAAUUAACUAGAUUAUUUUUAAUUAAAUUUGUGUGGAUUCCCUUGAAUUUAGAUCGAAAUUUGAGUCAUUUUUUGUCAAUUAAUUUCAAUUGCUUUCCCAUAGAUGGACUUUUUAUUUAUUUAUUUGGAUUUACUGCGAAAUUCUUGGGGGAAAAAAAUUAGAAUCUAACGAUCAGAUUUGGGUAAAAUACUCUAAAAGGUCUUUAUUGAAAUUAAAGGAGGAAGAAAAAAAUUCGAACUCCAGAUUCCCUUCCUAUUUACAUUUUUUUUUAAAUUUAAAUGAAGACAUUUUAAAGUGUUAAAUUUAAAGUUUGAAUAGGAAUUUAUAAUUUCUUCUAUUCUGAUAUCUUUUGUUGCUUUUUUUAUUUUCUGGCAAUGAGAUUUUCGGAAGGACAGAAAUCUUAAAUUGAAAAGUAUUGAAAGUGUUAGUCUUUUUUUUCUAAUUGAAAAGCACUCGCUGUAAGGAUGCAAACUUAUUUCAUAUACAUGAAGAAGCAAAACCAGGGUGGCCACUGGACCACGCUCGAUUUCAACAGUUUUUAAAUAAUUAUUGGAAUUGUUAUGUUUU